AGGAGCAGCGACGAAUCAGCGCUGAGAUUAUUAAACUUGUAUAUUGAUGUUUCACAUUCCGGUUUAAAAAGAUGUCGCUGAGUCGGGGUAUCGGCAGUGUCGAGUACAUGAAAAAGAAGAUACCGACAAACGCAAAGUAUGAACACGUCAAAACUAAGCUGGACACAGGAUGCAGUCUUACAAAGUUGUUGGAGAAACAGGAAGAGGAUAAAAAAUAUUGCCGGUACCGAAAGGAUGACAUCUUUAAACGGCUAAAGGUGACAACAUUUGCACAAUUAAUACUUCAGGUAGCCUCUGUUUCAGAGCUGAGCGAGAAUGGUGGCGAAUCACAUGGUCCAGAAGAUGGUCUGUCUGUGGUGUCUGAUGCAGACCUGGAGUGUCUGUCUGAUCGCACCCCCAGCUCCCCACAGAUGUCGCCGCUGUCAGAUCAUCAGGAUGCAGGAGACACCAAGGAAAUCUCUUCUGCCAGGUCAACACUUCUGAGUGUCAUCAGCGGUGUAGGCGAGCUGAACGUCGACAGGGACAAUCAGACGAUGGUGAAUGAGUCCAUCCCUGAGGCGACUGGCAGGCCCUACCCCGACUGCCCCUACCUGCUGCUGGACGUACGGGACCGUGAGCAGUACGACCGCUGCCACAUCAUCAGUGCGCAUAGUUUUCCCGUCGCCAUGUUGACUCGGACAAUGAACCCCUACACCAAAGAAGUGCUGGAAUACAAAAAUGCAGCGGGGAAGAUCAUCAUCGUGUAUGAUGAGGAUGAAAGGAUAGCCAGUCAGGCAGCUAACACCAUGUGCCAACGAGGAUUUGAGAAUGUGUUCAUGCUCUGUGGAGGUCUUAAGAUAAUCGCUCAUAAAUUUCCCAGUGGAAUGACAACGGGCUCCAUCCCUACAUCCUGCCUGCCCAGCACAACGUCAGCGAAGGGGAGGAAAUGCUCUGCACCUCAACAUCCAGCACAGGCAGCAGAGAAGAGGUGGCGGUUCACAUCAGAUGAGCUGGCCAAGAUUCAGGAGCAGAUGGAGGAAAUACUCAUCCCCAGUAACUCCAACAGUCGCAUGAGCAGCCGGAUGUCGACCAGCAGCUCGCACUCUAAAGCGUCCAGUCGUCAGAGUUCUGGGAGAGGCAGCAGCAGGGUUCAAAGCAGCAGAGCCUGGAAAUAACCCCCACCCUCCCUCAAGCACACAAAUAUACACAAACAUACCUCCAACACAAAGUCCAUUUAUUUCAGGUUACUUCCGUCCAGCUCUAUUUGUGUAAAGAAACAACUCUGGCUGCAAAAUACAGUCAAAGGUGGACAAGAUAGACCAGAACUAUCUAACUGCAGCUCAGCUACUAUUUACUUUCUGGUGCCUGCUACCAUCUUUUACUCCACAAUGUCCUGUGAAUGUUGAAAGUGGCUUAUUAAAGUUAGCUUUUCAGCUCUGGAAAUUGGGAUGGUGAUUGUCAGUACAACAACUUGUAUAUUUAAACCUGACAUCUGGACAACGGUAUGGUAUUUACUUAUGGAGCUUUAUGUCCGAAAGUAGUAUUUUCCUCUUGAUGUCCUUUUUAUUGUUUUAAUCAGUGAUGUACAUUUGACAGUUUGCACCGUGCCUCGUCUGUGAACCUGAGAACUGAGGGCUCUUUUUGCACUCCUUGUAACACUACGAAUCUGCACAGAUAACACUUAUUUCUGCUGAUGACCUGUUCAGGUAUGGCAUUACUAACAUGAUCCUUUUAUUUCGGGAGACAGAGUACUGGAAUGUUAGUAUGACAUGAAGGACAUGCUGGGAAUCUGUAUUGCCUGAGUUGUAACGUAUUGUAGAAAUAAUGUUACAGAGCUUGUUCCAUUUUGUAAAGUUCAGGAACGUUUGCUGUAUUUUUGUAACGUGUCAUGACAGUAUACAGACAGCCUUUAGAUGCAGACGUUUUGCAUCUGCUCUUGUUGUCUGUGUGCUUUUGUCAAAAGUGCUAUGAGCUGUUUAGACUGACUGAUUGGUUGAGGCCUUUGUACAGAAAUGUGUGCAUACAACAAAAUCACAGUGUCACUAUAGGAUUCAUUUCCUACAUGUAUAUUUUAAGAGCAGUAUUGCUGAUUGGUGGCCUUCUGUUUUUUUGUCGUGCUAGUGGUUCUUGCAUGUGCUUUAGCUGAAGACUUUCACACAGCUUCCAGUGAAGUGCGCUUCUCUUCAGCCUUUGUAGUGAGCGAUGCGUUUUCACCAUCAGUCUUAACCUCAUGGUUUUAUUUGUAAAUGAAUGUCAAAUAAUGUGUUUGCUGUAUCAGAAUGGACCAAGUGAUUAAAUUAUUGUGGAAUUUACUUCAGAACAGACUCUUUAAUGUGUGCAGCAUCAUAUUUUGUUUUGUAAUAUUUAAUUAAAGCCUCCAGUACUCA